ACAAACUGAAAGAAACAAUCAGGAAGCUGUGAUGAAGAGUGAGUUGGGAUGGCUGCUGGGGCUGCUCUGGAUUAGAUGGGCAAGGAAGGCCUAGCUGAGCUGACUUAAACUGAACCCUGAAGGAGAAGGAGUAUUCCAGGCAGAAGUAACAAGCGCAAAAGCCCUGAAGCAAAAGGCUCCUUGGGAUGUAUGUGGAAGCCAAGGGAGGCCCAUGGGGCUGGAACUUAGGAGUCAAGUGGGAGUGGGGCAAGAAACGAAGUCCUGAGGUAGGAGAAGGUCAAGAGCCUGAUACUGCAGAGUUGCCGGUGGAACCAGCAGCAUGAGAAUCUGGAGAAGCUGAAUAUGCAGGCCAUUCUUGAUGCCACAGCCAGCCAGGGCGAGCCCAUCCAGGAGCUGCUGGUCACCCAUGGGAAGAUCCCGACACUGGUAGAGGAGCUGAUUGCGGUGGAGAUGUGGAAGCAGAAAGUGUUCCCUGUGCUGUGCAGGCUGGAGGACUUUAAACCCCAGAACACAUUUCCCAUAUACAUGGUGAUACAUCAUGAGGCCUCCAUCAUCAACCUCUUGGAGACAGUAUUUUUCCACAAGGAAGUGUGUGAGUCAGCAGAAGACACCAUCUUGGACUUGGUGGACUACUGCCAUCGUAAACUGACUCUGUUGGUGGCCCAGAGUGGCCAUGGUGGCCCUUCUGAGGAGGAGGAAUCCCAAUACAGCACCCCUAUGCAGGAGCUGCAGAAGCAGGCAGAGCUGAUGGAAUUUGAGAUCGCACUGAAAGCCCUCUCAGUGCUGCGCUACAUCACAGACUGCGUGGACAGCCUUUCCCUGAGCACCUUGAGCCGCAUGCUCAGCACCCACAACCUGCCGUGUCUCCUGGUAGAACUGCUGGAGCACAGUCCCUGGAGUCGGCGGGAAAGAGGCAAGCUGCAGCAAUUUGAGAGUGGCCAUUGGCAGACAGUGGUCCCUUCAGAACAGCAAAAGCUGAGCAAAUUGGAUGGGCAGGUGUGGAUUGCCCUGUACAAUCUGCUGCUAAGUCCUGAGGCCCGGGCUCGCUACUGCCUCACAAGCUUUGCCAAGGGACAGUUACUCAAGCUUCGGGCCUUCCUCACAGACACACUGCUUGACCAGCUGCCCAACCUGGCAGACCUGCAGGGUUUCCUGGCCCACCUGGCCCUGGUGGAAGCCCAGUCUCCUAAAAAGGACCUGGUGUUGGAACAGAUGCCAGAAAUCUGGGAGCGGCUAGAGCGAGAGAACAGAGGCAAGUGGCAGGCUAUUGCCAAGCAUCAGCUGCGGCAUGUAUUCAGCCCCUCAGAGCAGGAACUGCGGCUGCAGGCACGAAGGUGGGCUGAGACCUACAGGCUGGAUGUACUAGAGGCUGUGGCUCCAGAGCGGCCCCGCUGUGCCUACUGCAGUGCAGAGGCCUCCAAGCGCUGCUCACGAUGCCAGAAUGAGUGGUAUUGCUGCAGGGAGUGCCAAGUCAAGCACUGGGAGAAGCAUGGAAAGGCUUGUGUCCUGGCAGCCCAGGGUGACAGAGCCAAGUGACGGCUGCAGCUGCUGAGGGCCAACCACCCAUGCUAUACAACCUACUAGAGUGUGCCCUGAACCUCUGGAUCUCAGCCUGGCCUCUGCAAGCGCCCCAGUCUCCCAGGUGGUGAACACAGCAGGCGGGUAGAGCUGCUGACCCAUCUUCCCCAGCAAAGCACUCCCCGCUUCCUGCCCCACCCGGCGGGUAGGCUUAGGACGCAGCCUCAGCAAGCUAGGGCAGGCGGCCUGGGCGGGGGGCGAGGGCCGAGGGCCGGAUGUGGGGACCCUCUUCCUCUAGUACAGUAAAGUAAAGCUGGCUUCCAGAAACA